AGUGUCUCUUUCCAAAGAGUGUAAAAUUUGUGAAGACGUGGGAUGUCGAAAAAAAUCUCACCCAAAAUUUAAGCAACAAAUAAAUAGUUCCACUCCUUUUCUUCUUCCUUCUCUGUCUCUCUCCCACCAAAUCUCUUUCUCUGCCUCUCGCUUCAAACCAGGAGGCUCUCUGUGAAACCGCAGGAAAAAAAAAGCAAAAUCUGCCCAAAACCCAAAACCUUAACAAAACCAGCACUCACACAAUCCUCAUUAUGACAUGCUUCACAGCACGCCCUUCUCCCUUUCUUCACCUUCUCCUUCUCCUCCUUUCUCUCUCUCUUCUCUCUUUCUCCUUUUCUGCAAAAACUUCUUUUAUUAAUCCAGGCGGUGUUGAUGAUAGAGAGUACAAGGAGGUGCUGCCAUGGAAGAUAGAAAGGAGAUCGAUGGCGGAAGGGGACGCAGCUGCGAACACAUCGCUGGUGUUGGCGAAGGAAAGGACAAACAGGAAAGACCCUCUCGACCAUUUCAACCGUUACACCGGUGGUUGGAAUAUCAGCAAUAAGCACUACAUUGCUUCAGUUGUUUUCACUGCGGUUCCAUUCUUUGUUGUUGCUGCUGUGUGGUUCGUGCUUUUCGGCCUCACCUUGUCCUUCAUUUGUUUGUGUUAUUGCUGUUGCCCUAGAGAGCCUUAUGGCUAUUCUCGUUUAGCGUAUGCUCUGUCGUUGAUCUUCCUCAUUCUCUUCACUAUUGCAGCAAUAGUUGGAUGUCUUAUCCUCUACAUUGGUCAGGGGAAGUUUCACAGUAGCACCUCGAACACACUGGGAUACGUUGUGAAUCAAGCUGACUAUACUGCUGAAAACCUCAGGAACGUGUCAGAUUAUCUCGAUGCAGCUAAGAAGAUUGGAGUCGAUGCUGUUUUUCUGCCUUCGGAUGUCCAGAAGAACAUCAAUGAUGUUCAGACAAAAAUCAGAACGGCUGCUAACGAGCUUUCCAAUAAGACUUCAGAUAAUUCAGAGAAAAUACAAGAAGGCAUCGACGGAAUGAGAUUGGCUCUUAUUAUUCUUGCUGCUGUUAUGCUCUUUCUUGCAUUUGUUGGAUUCUUGUUUUCGAUAUUUGGGUUGCAGUGUCUUGUAUAUUCCUUGGUAAUUGCUGGAUGGGUUCUUGUUGCUGGCACAUUUAUACUUUGUGGUGUAUUUCUUUUUCUUCACAAUGCGGUCGCAGAUACAUGUGUUGCAAUGGAUGAGUGGGUUCAGAACCCUACUGCACAUACAGCCUUGGAUGAAAUUCUUCCAUGUGUGGAUAAUGCAACAGCUCAAGAAACCUUGCUGCGAACCAGGGAUGUGACGCACCAACUUGUUGUACUUGUUGAUAAAAUCAUUUCCAACGUAACCAAUAAAAAUUUCCCCUCUUCUGCUGGACCUUUGUAUUACAAUCAAUCAGGCCCCCUCAUGCCUAUUCUCUGCGAUCCAUAUAACAAUGACCUCACUACUCGACCGUGUGCAGAUGGGGAGGUAUCGUUGGAUGAUGCUGCCAAGGUGUGGAACAAUUAUAUUUGUGAGGUUUCGUCAUCAGGAAUUUGUAAGACGCCUGGUCGAAUGACGCCUACAAUUUACGGCCAAAUGGCAGCCGCGGUGAAUAUUAGCUUCGCUUUAUACCAUUAUGGUCCGUUCUUGGUUGAUUUAGAAGACUGCACGUUUGUCCGGCAAACAUUCACGGACAUAAGCCACAGACAUUGUCCCGGUCUGCGGAAAUAUAGUCAGUGGAUUUACAGCGGGUUGGUUUUGGUAUCAGCUGCCGUGAUGCUGUCAUUGAUCUUCUGGGUCAUCUAUGCAAGGGAGCGGCGGCACCGUGUUUACACUAAGCAAUUCAUUUCCAACUAGUAUGGUUGGACUUAAAAUAAGAAACCCAUUAGAUGUAUAUUUGAGCUUAGAUUACAUUGAGAGUCUGGUUUCCUUAUUCUAUGUGUAGAGGUAUUUUAGUUUAACCCAACCAAAAUUUGAGUAGCUUGGUGUGCAAAGUUAUUGUCUGACCUAGUGGGAAAAAACAAGAAAAGAUUUCUGGUGUGCUUUGAAGACAUUUAUUCGUUGUUACGUUUUUUAUUUUAGAUGUUUGUGUAAUUUUUUAUU